AUGGUACGGCUUGAUAUUCCCUCUCGAUUACAAUGGGACCACGACAACGGUUUCUGUGGAGAAACAGCUAUUCAGUCUAUCGGUCUAUAUUAUGGCGCUUGGCUUUCGCAAAAGCUUGUUCGAACUAUAAAUCAAGGUGAAUAUCUUAUGCAACGCGUAUCAGACGACGAUUGUCGAGAUCCACUUCGUACAUUAUCUAUUCUGCAUUUUACUUACGAUGAAUGGGAUUGGAAAAACUCUCCUGAACCGCAAUUUCGAUCAUUUUGUUACUGGAUGAAAAAAUCAAUACUCCAUCGACAUCCCGUGAUAUUUGGUGUCUGCCUUGAGAGUAGUUCGGGGUUUGAAACCUACGAUCAUAUUGUACCAGCAGUUGGAAUACGUUAUCGAAAUGAAGAUGAAUAUGAUCCCAACGAUGAACUUAUCUAUUAUGAUUUAUUUAGCAGAGAUGAAAUGAAAAGGCAUAUGAAUGAAGAAGAAUUCGGAUCAACGACAACGAUCAUGUGUGAGAAGGACUAUGCAGAGUAUGGAUGCAUACCGUUGAAUAUUAACUAUGGAAUUGCUAUCACUGGUAUUGUUGAUGAAGAUCGAGUCACAUUACCGAUUCAAUUAUCAGUUUCUUCGUAUGAAGAACCCAAUGUUGAUUUUGACGAAGAACCAAUCGAAAUGAUUGGGAUUGUUCAAAUUACUGACCUAAUUGUUGGAAACGUGUAUAUUCUUCUUCGCUAUUCGUCUUAUGAACAUGUCCCAACCAAAGGAGACGCAAAUAUUUUUCUACAAUCCAAAUUUGACGCAAAGCAUCAAUUCACAGCUCAUCAAACAACUUAUACUUACAAAGAUGCCAAAUCAAUAUUCUCAACAGACUGCGUUUACUAUCGAUGUAUCCAAAAAACCGACUGA